AUGUCUCGUCAAGGAAUAGACUGGGCGAGGCGAGUAAAACCGUCCUCAGCUUCCUUAGAGGGGUGUUCAAUUUGCCAUUCGCAGACCCUACCAUAUGCUUCAGGUACCUUACCUUCUAAAUCACCCCUCGACGCAUAUUGCAUAUUGAAUACACUGGGAGAUAUGAGAUCUUCCUCGAGAAGAAGAACCAUAGUAAUACCGCAAGUCUUGAAGCCUAUUGUUGCUCAACGGCUGGCCGAGAACCCAUCAAGAGAGAAUGCUUCCUAUGGUUUUGGUGGCCGAGUCGCGGCGACACUUAACCGUCGUAUUGUCUUAUGCUAUACUCUGCCAGUUGGUGCAUACAACGGCUUCAAUAAGUAUCCGUACGCUUCCACCUUUGAACAACCAAUAGUGACAUUGUCAACAUCGACGUUUCUUGGCAGCUUCCUUCGCCCCUCGGUAGCGACCGUAUCACAGCUUCCUAGCCAUCACUCUCCAACUCCAUCAACGGGUAUUGAUGGAGAUAUUUCCCCAAGACCACUUGAUUCCAAACUUCCAAGACGGCAUUUCAAGCAAUCUUCCACAUGGCUGGCGGGCUGGCGCUUUCAGGGCACAUCAUCUUGGGAAGAAGAGAAGAUGGAUGGCGCUGAUGCCAAGCGCUCCAAUCACAUCCCAACAUUCGCACAUCUGCAUCGCUACCCUCCCGACUCGCCGGGAAUCCCAACCCCGACACGCGAGAUGCUGAACACCCCCAGUAAGCUCAAACUCACGACGGCAGCCCCGGAGAAGUUAAGCUUCAACGUCCGUCGACUCCAGGAACGCACCCCUCCAUGGCAUGGAAGUACAGCAGCCCGCAUGCAGGCCGGGGGAUCAGCUCUAAACGAGCACAUUGCCGUAUUGCCUAGCCCACUUCAACAUGUUCCUGGGAAUACCGAUACAGUCAUAGCACGGUCAGCCGGCCGCCAAGGCAAAGCCGUGUGCUCAUAUUUACAAUUCCCAGGUCCAUCAUCUAGGGGCCAAGGGCCAUGCCCGGCGCGUGGUGUCCAUCGUGGGGUGCUCUCCGGACCCCCCGCUCCGGCAGGGGCAACGCCGCUAAUCCCACCAACCCCCACCUCCUCCGAUAUUGCGGUCUCGAAUCUUGGCAGAAUGGCUGGCUUCUCUUCGCCGGGCAGACCGUGGACGGCGGUCCACUUUGAAGAAAACGCCGAGUUCACUAUUCCCUUCUCUCUUUCCGAGAAUUGUCUAUCUGCAAUGGGUUUCCAAGGAGAAUGA